AUGUCCUACUUCGGUCUCCGCUCGUUUGUCCAUACCCAGGCCUCUCCAGACUCUGUGCAGCUGCCUACCAAGACCGGCACGGAAUCUCUGGCCAAACUUAUUGCCGAAGAGGUCCCCGAGCUUCGCGAAGGUGCCUACGACUACCUGAGCCCUGUUCUCUUCAAUGGCGACCUUCAAACACUCUAUGCCGGUGCAGGCAACUUUGAGAAUGUCAACAAGAUCUACUAUGGUCGCCGUAUCAUUGCCUUCCCUGAAGAAAGUAACUCCAUCGUCUCUGCUGACUAUCUCAUCCCUCCACCAGCCUCCAAAGAAGAAUGGACAAAACUCCUGGCCUACUCACCUUUGGAAAAAACCCCUCCAUACCCGGCUCGCACUCGCUACUUGCGCCCAGAAGAAGUCGCAAAGUACGAGCGUACCUAUACCCCUGAAGAUAAACCCCUGUUAGUUCUCUUGCACGGGCUCUCAGGUGGCUCUCACGAGUCAUACAUCCGCGCCGUUAUUGACGACAUCAAGUCCAAGUUCGACUGUGUUGUGCUCAACUCGCGUGGAUGUGCACGCACCCCCAUCACUACACCGCAGCUCUUCUGCGCCAUCUGGACCGAGGACAUUCGCCGGUUUGUCCAGAUUCUCCAUAAGGAACAACCCGGUAGACGUAUAUACCUCAUUGGCUUCUCGCUCGGCGCAAGCAUCCUUGCAAACUACCUGGGUCAGCAGGGCGACCUUGCGCGCGACGACCCGGCAAACAAAAUCGAUGGCGCCAUUAUUGUAGCCAAUCCUUGGGACCUCGCACACUCCAACCAAGCCAUGCAUUCGUCAUACAUUGGUUCGCACGUCUAUUCCCCUGUCAUGACCAAGAACCUCGUGCGUCUUCUUAAAAACCACAAGGAUGUACUUGCACAGAACCCUAACUUUGACUAUGAAAAGCGCCUCUCGCUCAAGUAUAUUUAUGAUUUUGACGAUGCCUUCACCGCACCGCUUUUUGGCUUCGAUAGUGCCAAAGACUACUAUCGCUCGGCUUCCAGUGUCCACCGCAUCUUAGGCAUCCGCGUUCCUACCGUCACUAUCAAUGCCCUCGAUGACCCCAUUGUCCACAAAGAUUGUAUCCCAUAUAAGGAAGCUAUUAAGAACCCUUACAUUUUGCUGGCAACCACCUCUCUCGGCGGCCACAUUGGCUGGUUCAAGCGUGGCAACCAGCUCUGGUACCCGCCUGUCAUCACCAAGAUCUUCUCUGCAUUGGACUCCAUCGACCACACCAAGGGUGUUCCCAAGGCCCCAGUUUCUCAGGCCCACCGCCAGCUUGUCGACGGCCGUCUGCAGCUCCAAUUUUUGACUGAAAAGGCUCCUGAAGUUGACGUCAAGGCUUCAGCUUAA